GUUGACAGCCCGCGUGUAAAGUGCGGCGACUUUAAAGGUGCUAAGUCAAGUGGCAGGAGCAACGAAUUGUUCAAGGAUCAAUUUCCAUAAAUAAAAAAACAAAUACGAGCAGGGAAACACCCACAACGGACACCAUCAAGAUGCUGAAGCAGGCACAGUUGUUGUUGUUGGCGCUCCUUGCCAUCGCCAGCAGAAAUAUCCAAGCAACCCAUGGCAACAAUCGACCCCCAAUGCGAAUGCCGCCGCGAGGGCCUGGUCGGCAGGUGCGGGUCGUGGAAGGCGUCUCCGAAUGGAGGCAAUUGGAAUUUGGUUUUCCCACCGAAGAGGAUCGUCGUCGAGCCCAAGAGGCGGGCAAUUUCAUACCCGAGAAUGGUACACCCAUCGAUGUACAGCCUCAGUAUUUGCCUAACCAAGGGCUGCGCGUCUUCACCACCAUACCCAGAUUUGUGAAUGGCAUACCCUACACCCUGGCGACCGUAACUUCACAGAGGGGCAGCAAUGGACCGCUGAUCCAAGCUUAUCCCAACUAUAACAUGCACAAUGGGAAUGGCGAGAACUGCGACCAAAUAACCUCCGCCUUCCGCGUGGCUAUAACGGAGUGUAAUCAGAUGUGGGUCCUAGAUACGGGCCUGAUUGGAGAUCUGCAGUAUUGCCCUCCUCAGCUGCUGCUCUUCAAUCUGGCCGAUGAUAGCUUGGUUCAUCGCUACCGCUUCCCCAACAACACUUAUAUGCCAGCUGCUUCGCUUUUCAUUACGCCCAACGUGCUUGUGAUGGACCCUCCACCACAGGGCAGAUGCGCUCGUACCAUGAUCUAUGUGGCCGAUGUUAGCUAUCAUGGCCUGGUCAUCUACGAUGCUAGAGCGGACACAGCUUGGCGGGCCGAGCAUCGUUUUAUGUAUCCCGAUCCCAACCACGGAGUCCACACAAUUGCCGGAGAAAGUUUUGUGCUAAUGGACGGCAUGUUCUCUGUAAACAACGAUAAGCGCAAUCUCUACUUCCAUCCGCUGGCCAGCACCAGUGAAUAUUCCGUUCCUCUGAAUGUGCUCAACAAUCAGACCAACUGGGCUAAUGGCGUGCACGCUAUGGACGAUCAGUUUGUGCUGCUGGGUCGACGCAAGAGCGAGUGUGCCGCCUCUGCUAUGGAUAGUUUCAAUAAUUUGUAUUGCGUCUCCUUCAAUCCCAUCAAGCUGUUCGUCUGGAAUGUAAAUACCCCAUACAAUCUACGUAACUUUGGCAAUUUGCCCGCAAAGUCGGAUGAGCUGCAGUUUGUGAGUGGCAUGAAGGUGGUGCGAAAUUCGGCGGGCCAGGAGGAGCUAUGGCUUUUGUCCAACCGUUUCCAGAAAAUAUCCAGAGGCACUAUAAAUGCCAACGAGGUGAACUUCCGAAUUUUGAAACGCCCCCUCGACGAUGUUCAGAAUGGAGUAUUCUUUUCCAGUGACGAUGACUUAAGCAAUCGUCUCGUGUUUACUUAGUUUUUACAUUUUCAGAAUUAUUUAUUUACAUAGCUAUGCACAAUAAAAAUAUUUACAACAUA